AAAUUAAGCGGGAACUAUAUAAUAAGCACACGGAAAACAACUCGAGAACGAAAAGUGGAGAAAUAGGUGCGAGUCGUGCGACUCCGCAAAAUCCUUAAAUCAAAGAAUUGGACUUUAAAGUUCAAACAACUGAACAGUGUUUUUUCGAGAGAGCAAAAAGAAAAAGGAAAAAAAUGAAAGUGAAGGUGUCUCUGAAAUUGUGUUAGACAUGAUAGAGAAAGGAAAGGAUAUGAGUGAGAAGGAGGACGAGGAAUGUUUAGUGAUGGGUUUAGGGAAACAAAAGAAAAUAUUGAGUUUUGAUUUGAAUGUAGAAGCUGAAGAGUCUUUUUCUGAAUUAGGGUUUCAAGAUACUGCUCAUCAGAUAAUGGGUUUUGAAUCUGAUUUUGAUUUUUGUGGUACAGGUAGCAGUUCUACCUGUCCACGUGUUGAAUUGACUAAGAGAAGAAAAUACACUAUUGAAGAAAAGGCCAAGGGUAAAGUUGAUGAUUAUGAUGAUAAUAGUGUACUGAAACUUGAUCUUGAUCUUAAUUUGUCUUUGGGGGUAUUUGGGAUGUCAAAUUCAGAACCUGUAGAGAAAAUUGUUCAGAUAGAGGAACUUGAUGUGCCUAGAGAAGCUGCGGAGGUAGUCAAUCAAGAACCAAGCAGAAAGCAACGUUCUAUUGCAAAAACUGUUGCAGAGAGAUUUGCACAUCCUGAACAACAGCACAAGGAAGGGAUUAAAAGGAAAUUGAGCGAAGUUGAUAAGGAAUCAGAUGAUUUUCAAAGUCCUUUUUCGCUUGCAAUGAAACUAGUCAAGAAGAGGAAUUUAAGUCAAAAUCUUAAUAAAAAGUCUUUACUUGGUUUAUCCGACUCUUUGAUCAAAUGGGUGCCUACAGAAAAUAGUGUUUCUAACCGCAAUGUGCCUAACCUGGUGGACCUUUGCCUCAGUGUUCUUGCUGUGAACGCCGGUAAAAUUGUGUCACUUGAAAAUGUUCCAGAUAAUUUGAGACAUAAACUCAGUAAAAUGGUCAGUAGUUGCAGAAAAAUGGAUGCAUACUUUGUUGGACUUCUGGCAAGGGACUCUCCAACUGAGAUUCGUGUGUGGGAUACCUCACAGUUGACAGAAGAUGACUGUACCAAUAUCUUUUGUUCUUGUGAUACCGUAAACUUGAAAGUGCUACAGCUUGAUCUUUGCGGUCUAUGUAUGCCUGAAUAUGUAUUGGAUCGCAUUUUAGCUGGGCCUUUAUGUAGACUUAAUAAAUUAGUCACCAUAUCUCUAAAAGGUGCACAUCGUUUAUCAGAUGCUGGGCUAAAUGCACUCACAAAGUCUGCACCUGGAUUACUAUCUAUAAAUCUGAGUCAGUGCGCUCUUCUCACCUCUGAUGGUAUCAACAAUCUAGCUACUCAUAUGGAAUCUACUCUAAGGGAACUGUAUAUAGAUGAUUGUCAGACCAUAAAUGUCAUGCUUAUUUUACCUGCACUGAAGAAAUUCAAGCAUCUAGAAGUAUUGUCAGUAGCAGGCAUUCCGACUGUUAGGGAUGAUUUUGUCAUUGGACUGGUCGAAGCAUGCGGCAUGAAUAUGAAGGAGCUUGUUUUGGCUAAUUGUUUGGAUUUGACUGAUAAAUCACUUAAUUUUGUGGGAAAAACUUGUCCCAAAUUGUGUGCUCUUGACCUUUCACACUUGCAGAAUUUAACAGAUUCAGCAUUACAAUAUCUAGCCAACGGUUGCCGAUCAAUUUGUAAACUCAAACUUUGCCGCAAUGAUUUCAGCGAUGAAGCUAUUGCUGCCUUCUUGGAAGCAUCUGGAAUGUCCUUAAUUGAGCUUUCACUGAAUAAGAUCAGUAAGGUUGAUAUUAACACUGCCUUAUCAAUUGCUAAAUGUUUGAGAAACUUGUCGAGUUUGGAUUUAUCAUGGUGCCGGAAAUUAACGGAUAAGGCCCUGGGACUGAUUGUUGACAGUUGCUCAUCAUUGAAGGUGCUCAAACUCUUUGGUUGCACACAGGUUACGGAUGUGUUUCUAAAAGGCCAUUCCAACUCUCAGGUGCACAUCAUUGGAUGUAAAGCAGCACCGUUUUUGAAACAUCUGGAUCCACUCGGAUAUCAAGAAUCUCCGUUACAGUACUCUCCGCUGGUCACAUAUUGUUGAUUUGCACAUUGGAGGUUCCCUAGAUUAUUUUGCUGAAGUACUACUUAAAUCGCUGCUGUACAGAGCAUCCCAUUUUCUUUUUAUAAGAGCCAUGCUCGAUUCUUGACCCAUACAACACCAAAAACUCGCCAACAAUAACUUUAACUAAAAGCCUUCAGUUCUUUGGAAGACAUUCCCAUGCCAAUUUUUAUACCAACCCAAGCUGGAAUAUAUAUGCAUUUGCUUACAUCGCCUAUUGUUUUGUCUUUUGCUUAUGUAUUAAUAGGAUGCAUCCGAAAAUUGUAUAGGCAGGAGGAAACCUGGACAGUUGAAAUUAUCCAAUCAAAGAGAAAAAUUAAAUAUA